AUGGUCCCUGUUCCAGCAGCCAAGGCUGCUGGCAUCUCCCUGCGCUGUCAGGCCUCGCACCCUCCAACCCUGCAGAUGGUCAAGGAGGCACUGCGGGCCCACGAUGAGAAGAAGGGUGCCUCUGUCAUUGCCAUCAAGCGUUUCAUCCUGGCCAAGUACCCCACUGUGGACCCCAUCCGCCUCAAGUACCUGCUGAAGCAGGCGCUGAGCAAGGGGCUGAGCUGCGGGGACCUGGUGCGGCCCCACAACUCCUCUGCUGUGGGGGCCACUGGCACCUUCAAGCUAGCACUCAAGAAACCAGGGCACAAGCAGCAGCUGGGUCAGGCAGAUCCUGACAGAGGCCAGGCCCCAAAGCCAGGACAGAAAGGGAGCACCAAGGACCUCCAGGCCCCCGUGGCAGGAGCACGACCACGAGGUGCCACCAAGCAGCAGCCCAAGGUGAAGCCCGUGAAGGCCCAGCCACGAGCAGCAGAGAAGCCCAGGAGCAAUAGAGCAAAGCAUCCCCAAACUGCUGACGGGCCCCAGGCCCCCCGAAAAGGACGCUCAGGACCCAGCACAGCUCGGGCUGCUGAGAACGCAGGAGAGAGUGAUAGCGACAGCUCUUCUAGUGCUGGGGCAGAGGCGAAGGCCCCCAGGGGAAAGAGCAAGGGGAAGGUGCCCAAGGGGGCACAGCAGGAUGCCCCCAAGGCACAGGGAGGUCAAAAUAAGGUGAAGAAACCCCGGGUGACUGCAGGAGCUGGGCAGGGGAAGGCCAGGAUGAAGAAGGCAGCCCCCGUGGCAGCAGACAGAAAGGCUCCUUAG